GUUGACCGACAGCAGCACCAUGAUCGAUUCUGCUUCCUACCAGCCUGUCGACAACCUCAAGCCACAAGCAACAGCUAGAUCAGUUAGUGACGCAAGCCGGGAUGAAGAGGUAUCAUCACACCAAUGGCUUUCUAUAGCACGACCUACUUGGAAAACCAUAGAAGCACCUCGUCAUAGAGCAACCGGGGGGCAGAAUUGGAACCAUCCCAAAUCCAAUAUAUGGAAAGUCAUGGCGUGUUGCUGGAGCUUUUUCGUGAUGGGUGCAAAUGAUUCCGCUUCUGGUCUUCGAUCAUAUUACGAACUCUCUUAUAUCGCCGUCUCAGUCAUCUUCCUUUCUCCACUCAUAGGAUACGUCGUGGCAGCAAUUGUGGACACCAAGAUAUACCAGUGCAUGGGACGGCGAGGGGUAGCAGUCAUAGCUCCUGCGUGUCAUCUCGUCGCCUACAUCAUCAAUUGCUGUUAUCCGCCAUACCCCGUUCUCGUGAUUACCCUCGCAUUGGCCGGGAUCGGAAACGGGUUGACAGAUUCCGCCUGGAAUUCGUGGGCCAGCAGCAUGAAGCAUGCAAGUCAGGUCCUCGGAUGUCUGCACGCUGCGUUCGGGCUGGGCGCUGUCAUGACACCUCUUGUGCUGACUUCACUGGUCUCACAAGGUGGUCUACCAUGGUACUAUUUUUACUAUGUCAUGAUCGGCUGUGCUGCAGUCGAGCUGAUAACCUCAGUGGCAGCUUUCUGGGACAUGUCUGCUGCUACUCCAACACAGCUUCCGGCAGAUUCAUGGAAAGCAGAACCCAUCAUCCAACACAGCGAUUUACGAGACACACUAUCCCAGAACCCAUCCGCUCGAGUCACAUGGAUCUGCUCAGUCUUCCUCUUUCUCUACGUGGGCAUCGAACUCGGUCUCGCCGGCUGGGCAGUCACAUUCAUGGCCGAUGUCAAGCACGAAGCCCCGUUCGCGAGUGGCCUAACCGCCGCCUGGUUCUGGCUCGGACUCUCUCUCGGAAGGAUAGCGCUGGGCUUCGUUACCCCCCGACUCGGAGAAAGGCUUGCCAUCAUCUUGUAUAUCCUGAGUGAGGUCGCGUGUGGCCUCGUCAUACAUUUCGUCCCCAACGUUGUUGUCGCGGCCGUUGCCACCGCGAUGCAAGGGUUCUUCCUGGGACCCCUCUUCCCAGCCAUUGUCUACGCCACGGUGAGGCUUCUUCCUGAGCACAUGCACGUAACUGCUGUCGGCGUCGCGACUGGAUUUAGUAGCUUGGGCUCAUCUAUUCUCCCGUUCUUGGUUGGUGUGGUUGCGGAAGCUCAUGGGGUGAGACUGCUUCAGCCAUUUGUUAUGGUUUUGUCAGCUCUGAUUCUGGCUUUGUGGGUGUGUCUUCCUCGUUUUCCGAACAUCGGCUCGGUGCGUGGAGCAGAUGAGGCAAUUUGUAUGCAGCAUACGUUCUAUCAUGGACCCUGA